UACAAUAUUCACCGGUUUGUUAUGAAUGUGUUUGAGCUGAAACUUUCAAAGAGCAUUUUCUUAUUAAUUUUGUUAAAGAAAAUAUAAUGACAACUCAAAAGAUUUCCUAUUAUAAUGAAAUCUCCAUGAUGAUGUAUGGAUUUGGAGACAGCCACCAGCCUGACAAGGAUACAGUAAAUUUGGUUGAAAGUAUAGUUUUGAACCAGCUCCAAACUAUUGUCAAGGAAGCACAGAAAUAUGGGGAUGGCAAAAUAGUAAAUGCUCAGGAGUUAGUGUUUUUAUUGAGGCAUAAUAAAUGUAAAAUGCAGAGGUUUGUCCGCUACCUAAACAAUAAAGAAAUCACCAAAGUAGCGUAUGGCAGCACAACAGCAACCCCAAAUUUUACUCCUAAAAUAGACGAAACUCCCUUCAUAGAAAUUGAUCCAGAAGACCGUCCCAAAAACAAACUUAUUGAAUUUAUUGAGUUACUUGAUGAGACUGGUGAGUUUAUGGAUCUCUCAGAAGAGGACGAAGUUAAAAUGGAAAGGAUGGUAAGGGCAGACAGAAUAUCCCAAGAGUUAAAUGAGGAGAAAUAUAUUGAGUUUGCAAAGGCCAGAUGCAGUUCUUUUAAAGUAAAAAGUCGAACAAUGGCAGAAAAUAUGAAGCAAUGGAUAGACCCAAAAAAUGAGACUGUAAUUAAUGCUGAUGCUUUAGACGUUUUAAGUUAUUUUGCACAUGAAACUGUAGCAGAGAUAGUGGAUUGUGCGCUUUUAGUUAGAGAAGAUGCAAAAUCAGGCACUGAUCCAGUAAGACACUUGCCAGGUUCUUAUUAUUCAGCUGUAAUGUUUAAUGGAGCACAUAGAUUUGAGGAAAAGAAGCCAGAUUAUACUAGAGUCCAUAGCGGGCAACUUCCAAUCAGCGUAGCAGAAAUUCAUGAGGUUAUGAGAAGAAUAUACAACAGACAAGCGGGAAAACUCAAUUUUGGAGGAAAAGUUCCAGAAACGCAUUUCUUAUUUGCCCUCUAAUUAUGCCAAGCUUGGAAAAUUUAGAGAAAAUGAUUAAUGCUUUCUUAAGGAAAGCGAAGGUAUAUGGCAGUAUGUUAUACAUUUAUACCUGUUAUAUUAUAUUUAAACCUUCAAUAAAGAAUUUCAGCAGGAUCAGGUGGACAUAGGUAGGUCAACUCAAAUAGUGAAAAAAUUUGCUACAUUUUUGUAUUUGUUACAAACAUUUUAUACCAUUUUUUAUUUAUUAUUUUGUAAAGUGUAUUAAUAAAUGUAAAAGAAUAAAAAGGAGUUAUUUAUU